UCAUGUCACUGCAGCGUGAGAUCAGCCACCUGGAACCUUACAGGUCUAUUCUGAUACGUUGUUCAGUCUGGCCAGUAUGGGUGUGUUGUUUUUUUUCUUUUGCUCCUGCCUCUGACAUCAUUUCCUGAGCAGCAGAUUCGUUUAGCCGUAUAGCCAGAUCCUGUUCUCAACAGACGAUGCAAAAAGCUCCUUAAAAUGGAUUUCAAAUCACCUUUUACUCUGCAAUGUGUGCUGGUGAUAAUAACCAUGAUUGAUGAGUCAACCCAAAUUCCAGCUGUUCAUAUCCGCUGCCUACCUGGUGGGGGAGGAGAAUUAGUCUGUAAUGCACUUGACAAUUCCAGUGUCAAAGUUGAUUGGAGUGUGGAUGGACACCCUUUGAACCCAACUGAGGCUUGCAUUACGGAUAAUGGCAAGAAGAUUAUUUUGGAGAAACGGGUGACUGGAGAGCUUGUCUGUCAUACUCACCAUGGAAACAGCACCAGCAAGAGUUCCCCUAUAAAGCUGUCUUGUGAGGAAGGAGACCUGCUGUACCAGCCUUUGUUCCAUUACAUCCUGGCGGCAUGUGGAGGGGGUGCAGUAGUCCUGGCUGUCAUCGCGUCCCUGAUAACAUGCUGCUGCCUGAAAAGCAAACAGCAGUUCAUUCCAGUGCCUUCAGAGGAGGAAAAGGAAGAGGGAAUGGCGAUGUCAGUCAUCUCCAAAGAGGAUACAAAGAGCCCCCCAAAUGGAGACCACCAUGAGAUGCCAUCUGCCUCAGAGGACAGCCCCCCAAAACCUGAAAGCGCAGAGACCUGUCAAGGCCUUGAGGAAGAGUACAAAGUAGAGGCAGAGUCUGAGGUGAUGCCGGAUCCAGAGGUGGUGGUUGACAUCAACAAUGAGGACAUUUUGUGUAACACUUUCCCUGAUCCUAUUGAUCCCUGACCAGACACACUCAUUGUACCAUCCUGGGGUCCCAGGGCAGCCCCUCUAUGUUCCAUGGUCUCAUUCCAUGUAAGAAUUGGUCUGAAAAAUAACUGAAUUUAGAGGGGGAAAGUCCACAUGCAUGUAGAUCACAGGCAUGCAAACCUUGUAACAAAACAGCCUUGUGGCCACUCCAUGGUACCAUCAUUAGCAAUGGGCAAAUGGGUUCCAAUAUAAAUAAGACUCCCCCAACUCUGUGAAAAUUUGCCCAUUUAUAAGAUUGUACCUGAGCUAUGAUGCUGUUUUACAAGCUCUGAGAUGAGCUGGGUCACUUCUUCCCUUUUACUCUUUCUGCCAUUAUUUUUCAUGUCUUUGCUCUCUGAGAUUCCUGGCUAGGCACCAGGAUGACCAUAACAUUUCAAUGACACACAAACCAGGAUGUGUCAGAAAUGUCCUGGGAAAGUCUAUUCUCAUGAGAUUUCUAGCCACAUUUUGCAGCCCCGAGAAAUCACCAGAAGGCUGAAAUAAACAUUCAUUGUGGUAGGCACUUAUCUAACCCAAACAUCCAAACUCGUUACAUUUCACCCAUAGCUAGUUAUUAUGGGAUGCUAAGAUUGAAGAACCAGCUGUGAUGGCUGGACAUCUUGGAAGAGGAUGACUUUGGGUCUCCCAGUAUAUUUGUUGCUCAGUAAUGAACAACAGGUGGUUGUGUGUUUGCCGUCAACUGAAGCUGAUAGCUUGAGUGUGGGGUGAGUGAUUUGUAGCAGAUGUGUCACUAGGCUGCUUGUCUUUAUCACAAGGUGUUUCAUGGCAUCUACUUGUGAUUCUGAAAAAGAAGGGCUGAUGUAAAGCUGGGAUUGUGCCAGCCUGUAUGCCUGAGGGUGUGACCAGCUGCAGUGUAAUGGUCUGGCUACUGCAGGCUGCAUAAGCUGAUCCUCUGUGUGUGCUUAGCCUUUUUUGCCUCUGCGUUAUCUGCCCAAACAGCUGUGGCUUAGAGCACUCCUUAAGUGGACUUAUCCUGGAGCCUGCUCAAUAUUGUACCCAUUUACUUUGCAUAGAAGAGACUUGGAAGUGGAGUGGUAUGGUUCCGACGGAGACUUGUUAGCAGGUUAUGUAAAGGGGGUCUGAAUUCAAUUCAGUAGCAGGGGACUCUGCAGGCUAGGAGAAGAAAGCACGGGAAAAACUGCAGGGGAAUCCAGGCCUGAACAAGCCCAGGGAACUGCUGGGUCGGGCUAAGCUGUGUGGGAAUGGGGGGAGGGAUGAGGGCCAGAAGGGGUUCCAGAAUUCUCCCUCGCUUUGACAGCGCUGAGGAGACAAGGGUCAGUGUAAAGUCAGAGCAGGUGACGUGGCUCAGGACUGAGUUGCACUGGCAAAGGACUGAGAAUGUUGUACUGUGGCUUUUCCUAGCGAAUGCUGUUAACUCCUCCAUUUCGUCAUCUUUCACUCCCCUCUCCACCCAACCCGAUGGAAACAGAACUGAGUAGUAGCUUGUACAUGCUCUUGGAUGCAGGCUGCAAGCGUCCAAGCAAGGAAAGAGUCCCUGUCUCCUGGGCGGGGAGGCAGAGAGCGGCACAUGCUGACGGAAGGAUCCCUUAGCGCGUUUGGACGGCGCAGCUGUCUCAUGGUGAUGCCACAGGGUAGUUUGUUCUUGUUCUGUUUUCUCUGGUUUUAGGACUCCAUUUAUAAGAUUUUGCAGAUUUAGUAGCUUGUGUGUGGGGGUUCUUAGGUGGAAUAGUCCCCCAUAGCAUGUGACAUUCAUCUCAGUUGCUAGGAGAGCCCCACCCUUCAAGCUCUGGCUUUCUGUGAUGUGAAGGGGUUGGCUCUGCAGUUUUUCUCAGGCUGUUAAGCCAUCCCCUCCCAGUCAGAAUGUCCCAUUAUGUGCAUGUGGCUGUGGAAGGGGAAACUAUAUCCCAUCCCUCCUGGGAACGUCCAGGGCGAAAGGGGGGACGUCCACGGACAGUGCUCUGGGGGGAUCUGGGGAGGAGCAUAGGGAGUUCAGUAGUUCCAAAGAAGUACCGGGUGCACUCAGGUCCGGGCUUUCCAACCUGUCUGCUGCACCUACAGCUGAUACAGCUAUAGGCAAACAGGGUGACAUCAGCCUUGGGAUAGUGCUUAAACCUGGGGCUCCACUUCACAGGCAUAAAUCUGUGAUGUUUCUGCUACUGACGGCUUUCAGUGUUCCCUGUAAGUUGUGUGCUUGUGCGGCCGCUUAGGAGCUAAUUAGCAGAGGGUUUUUUUGUUGUUGUUGUUUCUAUUGGUGGUGCACAUUCACACAUUCCUUGUUGCACAUACAAAAUUAUUCUGCACUUGGAUGGAAAAAAUUCACCCAUGAGAAGAUUAGAGGGAUCAUUGGUCUCUGUCAAAGUCUGGACCUGGAUUGAUUUUUUUUUUUCCCCCGGUAUCCAGGAAACAUGGGGAAUUGAGGCUUCUGUUCUGUAGAACUGGUAACCUAGCAUGCAGUGUCUCUGUAAGCAUCCUGUUCCCCAUUCUUCCUUCUGGGCAGGCACCCACCAACAGACUCUUCCAUGAUACGCUCUCUGGUGAGAACAUGCAUGAGUAGGGUCCAUCCUUUGAAGCUGUUGCUAGGAGUGCUGUUAGUUGUGGAGUCUUGUCCUGGCUCAUGUGUUAGGAGGAGCUUGUUUGCUGAGGUGGGAGAAGAUCCAGGAAAAGCUAAGAUGUUAGCCAGGCUGGGAUGCUCUGCAGAACACCCCAUUUCUCCCUCUCUGCGCUUGCACAGCAAUUGUCAAAGAUUUAUAUUGCUGCAAUAUAAGGCCAAGAGGGGAAUCGCUUUUGCUUUUUGCUUUUUUUUUAUUGUACAUGAUUAUGCUCAG